AUGCUGAGGGACUGCGCCGAGUAUACAAAGCGAUGUCCCAAGUGCCAAGAAUUCCAAGCACUACCGGGUCGACCUACGACGAAUUACACCCAGGUAAGCACCGCGAUUCCUUUUUCAAGAUGGGGAAUUGACCUGGUAGGGGCCCUUCCCACGGGGACUGGAAGCAAGAAGUACAUCAUUGUGGCCAUCGACUAUUUCACGAAAUGGGUGGAGGCCGAGCCCCUGGCGAGCAUCACCGCAGCAAGGUGCAAAAGAUUUGUCGAGAAAAACAUCCUAUAUCGUUUCGGUAUCCCUCUCCAGGUAAUCACAGACAAUGGUCGUCAGUUCGAGGCACGAGAAUUUUCAGAAUUCUUAGCAGGAUGGGGCGUUAAGCAUAGCCGGGUGGCGGUAUCUUAUCCUCAGGCGAAUGGGCAUGUGGAGAAUGUGAAUAGAACCAUCCUCGACGGCCUCAAGAAAAAGCUAGAAGUAGCCGGCGGAGCCUGGGUGGAGGAACUCGACGGCAUCCUCUGGGCCUAUCGCACGACACCAAGAAGGGCCACCGGAGAAACCCCGUUCGCACUCGCCUAUGGAUUCGAAGCUCGGGCCCCGGUGGAAGUAAUCAUACCUAGUAGAAGGGUGGAGGAGUUCGAGUCAGAACAAAAUGAACUCCACCAAAGGGUGGAUCUGAACUUCUUGGAUGAAAAGAGAGAAGCGGCAUUCUGCAAGAUGGAGAACUACGGUCGUCAGCUAAAGUCCUACCACGACGCAAAAGUCCGACCCCGGUAUUUCCAAGUCGGCAACCUUGUGUUGCGAAGAAGGGAAGCCAGCCAACCACUUGAAGGGGAAAAAAUUCGCAAAGAAAUGGGAGGGGCCUUACGCCGUGGAAGAAGUCGUUCGCCCAGGAACAUACAAGUUAAAAACUACAAGGGGAAGAAUGAUCGAUCGGGUAUGGAACUCGGAACAUUUGAUCAAGUACUUUCCUUAAAAAUCCUGUAG